UGCAGUCGUUAGAAACUUUAUGUUCCUUUUUGUUGUACGAUCAUGUAAAAUAAAACAAACAACAAACAAAAACAAGAUAGUGGCCAAUUGGCAAUGCAGUUUGUUUGAAUUUAAUCAAAAUAAUAUGAAUUAAACAAAUGAGAAAUAAUAUCAAAUAGCACUAAAACAACAUUUUAUCUCAAACUUUAUAUAAUGGGGAAGUUUUCCUAAAUAACACUUGUUAAAAGUUAUAAAAAGAAUUUUUAUAUUAUUAUAUUAGGUUUAGAGUUUAGGAUUCAAUAUUUAAUUGGUGGGUAGGAUUAGGGUUUAUAAGUUAGACUAAUUAAGUUUUUUCUUGUCAAAUCUCUAUAACAUUAUUUGAGAAUUUGAGAAUCUGGUUUCAUAUGUUUCACGCUCACAUUACUACUCACAAAAUCAAUUACAUGAAUACCCUUAAUGAAUAAAAAAUUAUACAAAUUUUUCAUUACUAACAGUUUUUUUAUUUCCUUUUUAAUGAAAAUUUUAUUUUCAUUUUCUAUAAAACCGUCUGAAUAAGAAAACGGAAAUAUACAAUAUAAAUAUUUUGUUUAUAUAAAACAAAUUUUAUUUUUAUUACUUUAUUUUCCUAAUUAAACAACAUAAAUAAAAAAGGAAAAAAUCAAUAAAUUUUCAAAAUAUAUAGGUUUAUAUAUAUACAUAUAUAUAUAUAUAUAUCUUAAACAUAAUUUAAAAAAUAACAAAAUAAAAUAAUUGAGAUAUUUGUUUUUAAGUAAACCUUUGUAUGAUUAUAUUUUUGAUCAAAUGAUUAAAAAAAAUUUCAAGAUUUCUCACAUCAGAUUCCUAAUUAAAAAGAAAAUACAAAAUUGUUAAACAAGAUUUUACUUAAAUUUUCAUGCAUACAGAUUAUAAAAUGUCUUCAAAUUACAAGUUAUUAACCAAUUAAUAGGAUUUAGUUAUUAUAUAUAUAUAUAUAUAUAUUCAUAUAUGUACAUAAAUUUUCAAAAAUAUUAAAUGCUAUGUUUAUUAAUUGUUUAUUAAUGCGAGGCCAACAUUAUAUUUUUAUUUUUCAACAACAUAUAUAAAAUUUUAUUAUAAUUGUUAAAUAUAUUUAGAGCUCUAAGAAUAUGAAUCAAACUAAAUGAAGUUAAAAAUAGUAAUUUAAUUUUAACUUUAUUAAAUUAAUUAAACCAGAAAACCGUUUUUCCAAUUUGAUAAAAUAUUCAAUUUGACAUACCCAAAAAUGGAUACUUGACUUUACUCUCUUGUGAUCGCCAGAUACUUGAUCAAAGUAUUAGGUGUUUAAAUGAGAAAAAUAAUUCGAAGGAGAAAAAGAUGAUGAGCAUAUAUGCCAAAGAUAAAGAGUUUACAAACCCAUGAUCAAAGUGUUUAUUAGUUAGUUUUGGGUUUGAUUUUCACAUUGUUGGAUUUUCAGAAUCAUGAACGAAGUAAAAAUCCUAAUAAAAUUCCAAUAUACUGGUUUCUUUUUGAGCAAAACUUCCAAUAUACAAUGAUUUUUGAAUGAAAUUUUUGGUUUAAGGUUUGCUGACAUUAGAAUCAUUCCUAUUGGUUUGAGUGGGAUUAGGUCAUUAUGUUAUGAAUUUUUAUUUUAUGUCACAGUUUAUUGUAAUACUCCAGCUCUGGAUUUGAAAUUAGUGAAAUAAAUAUUUUGAUGUUAAUCUUAAUACAAAAAAUAUUUAACAACAGUUAUAGGACGUAUGUAUAAUAUAUUUAAAAAUUUGGAAGCCAAAAUCAAUGUUUCAACCGGUUGUUCCCAGAAGUUUAUGCAAUUAUUAUUAACUAUUCAAUGUUUAAAAUCAUAUAUGUGUAGGAGUCGAGAUAUUAUAAGAUCAAGUUGUGCAUGAAAAGAUAUAAAAUCGGCCAGACUAAUUAGUCUUACUUAAUCUGAAAAGAAAAACAAGAAUUUUCAACUAAAUAGUACUAAGAAAGAGACAAAACAAGAAGACUAAGAAAGUAAAACACAUUAUUCUCUUGUGCAUCUUACUUCAACUAUGUCUUUAAUCUGAAUUUCUCGAUCUUAGUCUCCUCAUUUCGAAAACAAUGAACAAGAUCUUUUUCUACUUCAUCGUUUUUCUUCUUUCUCCACCACGAAUCCUUUCCCAAACCAUUCCAAGAAACAUCAGCAUUUUCAUAUUGGCCGGUCAAAGCAACAUGGCAGGUCGAGGCGGCGUUUAUAACGACUCCACCAAAAACAUCAUCGUGUGGGACGGUGUAAUUCCUCCCGAGUGUCGAUCAAACCCUUCAAUCCUCCACCUCACAGCUAAGCUUGAAUGGGAAGAAGCUAAAGAGCCACUCCAUGCUGAUAUUGACGUUAACAAGACUAAUGGUGUUGGACCGGGAAUGUCAUUUGCAAACCUGGUGGUAAACCGGUUUGAUAAGGUAGGUUUGGUUCCUUGCUCUGUAGGUGGGACUAAACUAAGCCAAUGGCAAAAGGGUGAGUUUCUUUACGAGGAGACAGUGAAAAGGGCCAAAGAAGCAGUGGCUAGUGGAGGUGGCUCGUACCAAGCAGUUUUGUGGUACCAAGGUGAGUCGGAUACGGUGGAUAUGGUGGAUGCUUCGGAUUAUAAAAGGAGACUAAUCAAGUUUUUCAAUGAUCUUCGAAGUGAUUUACAACAUCCAAAUCUUCCUAUUGUUCAGGUGGCUCUUGCUACAGGCGCAGGACCAUAUCUUGACGUGGUAAGGAAAGCACAACUGGAGACAGAUCUUGAGAACGUGAAUUGUGUUGAUGCAAUGGGUUUACCUCUUGAACCGGACGGUUUGCAUCUGACAACAUCUUCUCAGGUCCGGCUUGGUCAAAUGAUGGUUGAUGCUUUCUUGGCCAUUCGGCCCAUUCCUAGUUCAGCCAAAUUAUUCUCUGGCUUGUCUGUCCUUGUUCUGUUUCCGUUAUUCCUUUUAUAGUAUUCUUUUGGACCAACCUUAACAAUUUUGGAUACUUCCAAGAUAUAUUGUUCCAAUUAUUAGAGAGAAUCUUGGAGUUUUGCUAAACUUGAAUAAAAAUGGGCAUGGGUACAAUAUGACAUAUGAUUAUCAUCCUAUGCAUAUAGAUCCCCCAUGAUGUUAUGAUAUAAAAUAUAUUGGUUUAACAAUUAAAACAAACUUGAAUUAUUCGAUACAAUCCUAUACCAUACCACAUCUCUGAUUGGAUACGAUUUAAGAAAAAGCACACGACAAAAUAAUUAAAAUUAGCCAUAUACGUAUAUAUUUAUACAACCUAUAAACAUAUGUAACAAAAUGAGUAUGAAGUAGAACAAAAGAAAACUCGUUGAAAUGCACUAAGAAAUCAAACAUCAGACUUAUCAUUCAAAGAAUCAAAAGUUUUUUGGUGUAAUCUUCUUUCUUCAAGCUUUUUUGGUUUAAUGAAUCAACAUAUAUCCCCUCUUUCCGAGUGUGUGCGGUCAAUCUGUUUCAUGGACCAUUUGAUCUCAGACUAUGAUUCCAAUCCUGUCACUACGAACUCCCAACCCUAUACUCCAUCCAGCAACUGCACUUGUGUUUCCCAAGUGCUUCUUCACUCUCUACAUCCUCCAAGUAAUAUUCACAUGAUACAUCUUCACCAUUAGAGGUCAAAAAGAGUGUACCUUAACGGCUUCAAAACUCAGCCAUGAGUGUGUUCGAAGUGGCACAAAUGACUCCCAUAAAUUCGUUUUUGUUAAGCUACACAGCAAAUACUUUGUUUGUAUGUUACAUAAUCCAUCAAAUGAAAAUUUGUAACAUUGUAUACUUUUUCACCGUAGCUUAAUCUGAAGGCAACCAAAUGUAUAGCGAAGAAAAAAGAAAGGGAAUCGUUAGAGACAUGAAAUCUCCUAAGUACAAAAACCACAAGUCCCGAAGAUUAGUAUAUACUUAACUCCGGCAAUGGAUCAAA